CGAAUCCCCGGGAAGAUCUAUAACAAUAAGCUGAGCUUCCAGCGCUCCCUGUACCUUCCCAAUGUCAGCCUUAAGCGCUCGGGAAGCUUUGGUAUCACCCCCUCCUCCUGCCUUGCUCUGCUCUCAUUUCUGAUCAGGAAUCCCUGCGCCUGUUGGACUGAUCCAUUCCUGCUGCUCCCCCCUCCCCUUUCCCGACUGGAUACAAACAAUGUCAGGCAAACAUCAGCAUUUUAAAGGUCCCGAAGUGAGCUGCUGUGUGAAGUAUUUCUUGUUUGGAUUCAACAUAGUGUUUUGGUUGCUUGGAGCUAGUUUUCUAGCUAUUGGCUUUUGGGCAUGGGCAGAAAAGGGUGUCCUGUCCAACAUCUACUCCAUCACAGACCUUGGUGGCUUUGACCCCGUUUGGCUCUUCAUAGUCACUGGAGCUGUCAUGUUUGUGUUGGGGUUUGCCGGCUGCAUUGGAGCCUUGAGAGAAAACACGACACUCCUAAAAUUUUUCUCAGUCUUCCUGGGGUUGAUCUUCUUCUUGGAGCUGACUGCAGGGAUCUUGGCCUUUGUUUUCAAAGACUGGAUCAAAGAUCAGCUUAAUUUUUUUAUCAACAACAACGUGAAGGCGUAUCGUGAUGAUAUUGACCUCCAGAACCUCAUUGAUUUUGCUCAGGAAUAUUGGUCCUGCUGUGGUGCACAUGGACCUAACGACUGGAACCUCAACAUCUACUUUAACUGUACAGACUCUAACCCAAGCAGGGAACGCUGCGGUGUGCCAUUCUCCUGCUGUGUGAAGGACCCUGCGGAAGAUGUUCCCAACACACAGUGUGGAUAUGAUGUGCGGCUGAAGCUGGAACUGGAGCAGCAGAGCUACAUCUAUACCAAGGGAUGUGUGGGCCAGUUUGAGAAGUGGCUGCAAGAUAACCUAAUUGUAGUGGCCGGAGUAUUUGUCGCAGUUGCUUUAUUACAGAUCUUUGGCAUUUGUUUGGCUCAGAAUUUAGUUAGUGACAUCAAAGCUGUGAAAGCGAACUGGUGACCCAUUGCCAUCCUCACCACGAUGCCGGAACUCUCUUAACACUGGAGCCUGCCUUUUUUUGCACUGCCCUUAAAUAUCACACAGACUCUCAAGCAUGAACUUCUGGGGGAUAAUGUUCCUUGAUAGUAUUUUGUGGAGAGCCGAUUGGCUGGAGUGGUCUGGAUAAUUUUGUCUUAUUAUGGGUUUUUACACAUAACAGGGGACAUGAUGAUGUUGUUUGUGCCACAAUCUACCCAUCCAGCCCGAGCUUCCUUCCCUCCCUGAACCUGGAGGGGCUGGCACUGGAAGCCAUGGUGUAUAUAAGUGCAUGUGCGGUGUCAGAAGGCGGUGUAGAUAUAUAAAUAUCUAUAUUGUAAAAAUGUAAAGACUCUUAAGGGCCAUGCCAGCCCUCCUUUUAUUGGAGAGGCCCCAGGCUUUGUAUAUGGAAGGGGCUUUAAAUGCUUGAAGUGCUCCAUGCUCUAUGGGCAUUCAGGCGAUCAGCCAAAAAACUCCCAAUAUUGUCCGACACUGGAGGCAUUGUAGAUUUUUGAUUUUGUAUUAACCUGACUUUUAUUGUUAAUGUUACUUUCAUCCUAAUUUUUAUUUUUUUUCCUCUUGCCAUGUUUUGUUGGCAGUGCCAGUUAAGGCCAUAGCAGUAGUGUAGUACUUUAAUUGCUGCUACCCCCUCAAGAAAGACCAAGAGCCCAGGGUGAUUCACUAGAGCAGGGAUCCCCAACAUUUAGAACCUGUGAGCAACAUUCAGAAGUAAAAGGAGUUGGGGAGCAACACUAGCAUGAAAAAUGUUCCUGGGGACCCAAAUAAGGGCUGUGAUUGGCCAUUUAGUAGCACCUAUGUGAAUUGUCAGCCUAUAUUGAGGCUCUGUUUGGCAGUGCACCUGGUUUUUAUGCAACUAAAACUUGUCUCCAAGCCUGGAAUUUAAAAAUAAGCUCCUGGUUUGAGGCCACUGGGAGCAACAUGUUGCUCGCGAGCUACUGGUUGGGGAUCAUUGCUCUAGAGCUUUCAUCUGUAGGGAACAUCAUAGGCCUCUUUAUCCACCCCAGUUAUCAGUGCUGCCCUUCACCAGAAAACUCUUUUAAUACCAAAGCAGGUUUUGUAACCGUAUAAAAUCUGUAACUGGCUUCCCUACUUAGUGUCUUUACUUUGUGGCAGUCUAGUAGCAGUCAUUUUAAAGUUAAAACCCCAGCUUGGGAUCCUUCUUUCCUGUUGCGAAUUCAGCUAAUACCCAUGAACAAAGUAAGGAUGAACUUCUUCCCUACAAUAUGGAGUGUUUCAGCCAUCUUGUUCCUCUUAGCUGAGAGAUGCAAAGGUUCCUCAUAUGUUUUAAUAAAUUGUUCAGCUUGAAACUGAA